AUAAAUGCUUCCAAAAUAAGACUGACGGUAUCGCCGGGAGCUGCCGGUUGCCUCUGUCACUUCCCGAAACCUCUGAAACAAAUGGAUUGGGAUGCAAAGCACGAAAGGUUCUUCUCAUUGUGCUGCACGGCUCUUCUCUAAAUAGAAGUCCUGGUUUGUGCUGUUUAUUUUCUUUUUUUAAGCCCGGACAACAGUCUUCUAUAACUUGUUUCUUACAGCAAACAGAAAUUAUCUUCCAAACUGAGACUGGUCUUCACUUGUGCUGCUUGUAACUCAGAGAACACAAAACUACAAUGAAAGAUGGAGAACAAAUCUGUACUUAGAACUCCUCUCCUCGUCCUGUUGGUGCUGGUACAGGUGAUGCAGGCUGUUAGCGGAAGCAGCUGUACCCAAUGUGACCAGCAUUGCUGCAGCCUUGAUAUCCAGCUGUACAAGCAGCUGCGCGUGGACGUCAACUGCUCACAACCUGAUCACGCGGUCAUCGUCGCGGACACGGAGACUACAACUGUUACCGCAAACCACCGCGACGACACAACGUGCAACGAAACCUCCUUGAUUCAUGACUCCGGAUGUCUGACGGAUCUUCCUGUCAACAUCUGCGAUUUUCCCUCCAUCAGGGCCGUCAGCCUCCGCUACAACAACCUGACUACCUUUCCCCGCCUCACCUGCCUGAGUCGUCUGCUCGUCCUUGACCUCAGCUACAAUGCUAUCACCCAGGUUCCGGAGGGAGCCUUUCAGGGUCUCCCCGAGCUUCGCGAGGUCUACCUGGACUUCAAUGUCAUCACCUCAAUCCAUCCUGACGCCUUCGAUCCACACGUAACUGCCCUUCAGAUCUUCACCGUCGCCAACAACCUUCUGACCGUCGUCAAUCCUUGGCUCUUCCUCCUGCCCUACAGAUUCUGCCGGUUCGAGUUCCAACACAAUCACAUAGUGCAUUUCGUAAAUGAGCAUCAUCGAAAUGUCAGCAUUACUUCCCACUACGGACCUGGCUUAGUGAAUUUCUCUUACAAUGAUGUCACCUACUCACCUGUAAACGAACUAAAGAAAUUAGGCAUCAAGAACGUCGGCGAGAUGUCGCGAUUUCUCUGGUGGAGAUUUGAUUUUCGUCACAAUCCUUUCUACUGUGACUGUGAAAUGUACGAACUUAUUGUGGUUUUGGAUCAGUUGACAAGUAUGGUUCAGAGAGAUUUCUUGAACCUGACCUGUGGUGGCCCACCAAAGUUCAAGGACGUUCCUUUCAGCAAACUACCAGUGGACGAGCUGGUGUGCAACGUCACAGAGAACUGCCCGUCGUCCUGCACGUGCACUACGAGGCCUUAUUAUCAAGACUUGUUGGUGAACUGCGCUCACGCACAACUGACAAUGCUGCCUGAUGACAUGCCAGAAGGAAAUCUUACUUUGGACAUGAUUGGAAACGAUAUACAGCUUCUGCACACGCCAGGUUACCUGGAGCGAGUAGUGCACCUGAAUCUGUCAGCCAAUCGCCUGCGCGAGAUCGUCCCCCAGGCGGCGCUGGCGCUGCGGAACGUAAGGUCACUGGACCUGCGCGGAAACAACCUUCAGCACCUGCCGACCACUUUAUACGUUCUGUCACCUGACGCGCUGUACCUGGACUCCGACACCCUGCAGUGUACCUGUGAUCUGGAAUGGUUCCCGCGCUGGGCCAGCCACCACGAUGGCGACAACAUCCGUGAGGUUAUGUGUCUGUCUGGACUGGACGGUCGCUACGUUUUGCUGAUCAACGCCACGCGGAAGGAUCUCGGUUGUGACGCAGCAAACACGUCACUCGUUCAUGUAGCCUGGGGUUACGUCCUCCUGGCGGCCACCCUCAUCGUCAUCGCCCUCGUCCUCGUCGUGGUGUUUCGUCACGAGGUGUUGGUGCUCAAACACCGAGUACUCUUGCGGGAGCACAGAGAUAAACGCUUUCCCGCUCUGCUGGACUCCUCCCGCUACGACGUCUUCAUCAGCACUGCCACCAACAGCGACAACGACGCCAUCUGGGUGAGCAGGAUCUUGCUGCCCGCGAUGGACAGACGCCGGCUGACCUACUUUGUGCCACAGCGAGACUACCUGCCGGGAGCCAUCCCCAUGGACGAAGUGGUUCAAACCCUCCGACAGAGCAAGUGUGCGCUCAUCCUGCUGUCGCCGGACUACCUGGCCCAGCCCAUCUGCUGCUUCCAGUUCCGCCAAGCGUACGACAUGAUGGUCAAGGAGGGCCGCGGCCGUGUCUUUGUCGUGUGCUUGCAGAAGGUCAAGCGGGGUCAGGUGCAGGAUAGGUUCCUAAGAGCCAUGCUCAACCUCAACAUGGCGUACUCAGGCCACCGCCCGGAGCAUGUCGAUGAUGUCCUCGGUCGCAUAUACGCCUACACUCAUUGAACGCCAUCUGUCAGACUUGAUUGUCUCAUUUCUUGUCUACCAUCCCUACCUCCUGUUUCGUUCAUUUUCUUCACUACGGCUGUGUUGAUGUGACCCAGCGAAGCGGGUUUGCGUUGCCUCGGGCAAAUAAAUGGGAUCUUUCCAAACCAGGGUAACAUUGCGCGGUAAUAAAUGACACUCUGUUUAAGAACCGGCUUUAAAAGUAAUGCCCAAAUUAAAUUUACUUUUACUCCUCUGAAAGGAGAUGCGAUAUGAGUUCUUGGAAUUUUGAAGAUUGUAAAAACUACGGAUUAUCUUCAUCUCCCGAGGUAUCAUCCCACCAGGCGCACGGGGCGUUGGGCGGUUGUCCCUGCUCGCCCCUAACGCCGAGGCUGUGCGACCUCCUUGACCGUCGUGUGUGCGACGAAAAUGGACAACUACAUGCUGUUGUUGUUGCCACCAAGUUUUCAUAGACUUUGUAAUUCGUAUUUUAAUUAAUUAAAUUUUCUGCAUUAAACGAUUUUUCUUCAUGUGUGUGUCUAUUACGGAUACAAUAUUUCGUGCCCUAAUUAUCAGUGUUCAGCCUCUCUAACCCUUACCCUGGCCGUUAAAGGGUGUAGGGUUAUUGCAAGUCGUUUUCCCACUUAAGCUUUGUUUUUGAUUUUCUUUUUCUGGACUGACAUUGGUGUAAGUGUCGAAAGUAAAAAGCUUCAGGUUUUAUUACAGUGAGUGUAGGCAUCAUUGAAGCACGCAAAAUUCAUAAUUUUUACUCCAUCACCAGCUUUUAUACAAACUAUAUAAAUUUUAUAUCAAUAAUGUC